AACCAGAUACGGAGAAGGUUUAUCCAAAAGUAUGUGUUCUCAUAGUAACUCGGCUGGUUUUAAGAUUUGCAUCGUUUGUGGAACAGAAAUUGACGGAAAUUAGCCGAGCUUGCUGAAAUUAGCCUUGUUUAUCAAAAUAGCUCACUUCGUGGAAUACUCAGGUCACAAUGUAAAUAUAAUGCGUCUGAAUAGGGUUUAAGCCAAACUGAAAUGAAACUGCGAAAUCCUUUUUUUCCUCUUUUCUUUUGCGUUGCCGGUAUAUUCCGCCCUUACACCCUUCUCCCUGCCUCUUAAACCUUCCCAGUCUUUUGUGUGAGGGGCGGGGCAGAGUACCAUGUCAGUUACACACCACACAUAUGCAUACAGCGUGCUCAAAACUGCAUUCGACAGUUAUCCUGCUCACUCCUGUCAAAUUUGUUGCAGUCUGCCGUCUAUAUCCAACCAGCAAAAAAAGGAAUUUGAUCUCCCUCGACUGCUUUGAAGAGUGCACUGGAAAGCAAGCCUGCACAAGAUGCACCACACGGAGAAUGCACGUUUAUUUUGAUGCUGAAGAGAGCUUCCAAGAUCAUCUGAGCCAAUUUUGCUACGAAUUGAACAAAAUUCAUCAUUUUCCUACUUAAGAUUCAUAGGGCUGCCAUAGACUUUCACUGAGGAAGAAGAAGAAGAAUAGGAAAACUAACGGAUACAAUAGGUGCCUACACAUCUUUGGUGCUUGGCCCCUAAUAAUAGGAAAACUAACAGAUACAAUAUGGGCUGACCCCUAAUAAACGGAGCAGAUCCAAUAGGGCCUCUCACCAUCGGUGCUCAGGCCCUAAUAAUAAUAAGUAGAGAUGCACUGAUGUAUAGUUUGAAAACAUCCGAUGAUCAGGGCCGAUUAUAUCCUGUCAAUCAAAAGAGGGUGGGAAAACGCAUCAAUUUCAUGCUGUGUGUAAAGAUGAUGUCUCUUGUGUGGAAUGACGACAAAACUGCAGUUUGUAAGCUCUGCACCUCAAAAAUUUUACACCGGAAGUGAGCAGCACUGAAGCGGCGUCGAGUCUAAUUCCCCCUAAUAACCCCCCCACCCCAGCGCUACUCCUGCGCUUCUCCUGCUUUUCAAGCAUGAAUUGCCUGUUUAAGGUUCUGCCACAGCAUCUAAGUCGGUUCAAGUCAGAACUUUGACUAGGCCACUCCAAAACUUUAAUUUAGCUUUUUUUUGAGCUGUUCAGAGGUGGACUUACUCCUGUGCUUUGGAUCAUUGUCUUGAAUUAUUGUCUAUACUUGUGUAGACCUGUGCUGUUAAUUUAUGCAGUUGACGUUCAACUUUAAAACGUCUACAAAUACAGUCUGGUCAUAAGUAUUUGGACAGCCACACAAUUUUUAAAAAUCAUUUUUAGAAGACCACGGAAGACAACUAAAGUGGGUGAUUGCAGAAUUCUUUCCUUGGUGAAGACAAACCCCUUCACAAUACAUCGCCAAGUCAAGAACACUCUUGAGGAGGCUUUAUUGGAGGUGCUGUAGUCAAAUGGAGGCUGAAAUGAGUAGACUGCCUGUUUUGGGAGGCUUAUCUGUUUGUGGAAGGAUGCUGUGUUGAAGUCUAUGUUCAAGCAUUCCAUCAUCAGCAGCAGCACACAGUUCUGCCAUUCAUUGCAGUAGCCCUGGACUCAGAGAAGGAACCUUGCAGGAACAAAGGAAUGUCAUGCAUUCCAUAAGCUUCUGAAUGUUCUUGAAGGUAGUAAAUUUAGUAAGUAGCGGCAUAAGGAUGGCAAGUGAGGUAUGGCACUCUUUCUCAGCAUGUGCCCUUUUCCUCAUGACCAUCUUUUACAUGGCUGCUUCACUGCAAAGAGCUGAGGAUGAUGUCACACCACGCUUAAGCUUUGUAUACGAUACAGAGGACAGGCCAGCCAAGAGGUUUUCACCUGCUGGAGUGUUCAACUUUACCUCUCUGCUCCUGAGUCCAGAAGAUAACACACUAUACAUAGGUGCACGAGAAGUUCUGUUUGCACUUAACCUCAAUGAUAUCAGCAGAGGGCAACUGCACCGCAACUUCACAUGGAGCACACCAGAAAGAAAACGGGAAGAAUGUAGCUUUAAAGGCAAAAAUCUACACACGGACUGUUUCAAUUAUAUUAAGAUUUUACUCCGUGUAAACACCACUCAUCUGUACGUCUGUGGAACGUAUGCCUUCAGCCCCAUGUGUGCACACAUUAACACAGUGGAUUUCUCUUUGGUGCGCAGCAAUACGGGAGAGAUUGUGAUAGAGGACGGACGCAGUCGCUGCCCUUAUAAUCCUGAAUAUAAAUCCACUGCCAUCAUGGCCGGUGGAGAUUUGUAUGCUGCUACAGUCAGUAAUUUUCAAGGGAAUGAGCCCAUCAUUUACAAAAGCCUUGGUCAAGGCACUACCCUAAAGACAGAAAACUCAUUGAACUGGCUUCAAGACCCAGCUUUUGUAGGCUCUGCUUUCAUCCAGGAGAGCCUCCCAAAAGGCAAUGCAGUGGGUGAUGAUGAUAAAAUCUACUUCUUCUUCAGUGAAGCAGGAAAAGAAUUUGAUUUCUUCGACAGCACCAUUGUUUCACGUAUUGCUCGUGUGUGUAAGGGUGAUAAGGGUGGAGAGAGGGUCCUGCAGAAGAAAUGGACCACCUUUCUGAAAGCCCAGCUCCUCUGCUCAUUGCCUGAAGAUGGCUUCCCUUUUAACAUCAUUCAAGACAUGUUUGUCUUGACGCCCAGUAAGGAGGAUUGGAAGAAUACUGUGUUCUAUGGUGUUUUCACCUCUCAGUGGUACAAAAGGGCAUCGGGCAGCUCAGCUGUGUGCACUUUUACCAUGAACCAAGUGGAGGAGGUGUUUAAUGGUCGUUAUCGGGAGGUUAACAGGGAAACACAGCAGUGGUACACCUAUAAUCACCCAAUCCCAGAACCCAGACCUGGAGCGUGCAUUACUAAUGCAGCUCGGGCUCAGGGUAUCUUCUCCUCACUGCACAUGCCGGAUAAGGUGCUGAACUUUGUGAAGGACCACUUCUUGAUGGAUAGUGUGAUUCGCAGCCAACCGUUGCUGGUUAAACGCAACGUGCAUUAUAUUCAAAUCAUUGUGCAUCAUGUGCAGGCUGUACACAGGGCCUACAAUGUGCUUUUUUUGGGUACAGAUGACGGCAGACUUCACAAAGCCAUUAACUCCAAGGGCAAGAUGCACAUCAUCGAGGAGCUGACACUUUUUCUAGAACCACAGCCUGUGCAGCACAUCAAGCUAGAUGCUGAAAAGGGUGUGUUGUAUGUGUCCUCUUACUCCGGACUGGUGGAGAUUCCUGUUGCUAACUGCUCCAACCACCAGAGCUGUGGGGAGUGUAUACUCACAAGAGAUCCUUACUGUGGCUGGACAGCCGGACAGUGUGUGGAUGUCAGGCAGGCAUCAUCUAAAAGUAAAAUUCUGCAAGAUAUAGAAGAUGCCAAUACAGCUACAUGUAAUGAGGCCCUGCCCAGGUCCCACUCUGCACAAAUUCCAUCCACACGUAUUCAUCCAUGUCAAGUGAUCAGAAUCCCAGUGAACACAUUUCAAGUGCUGCCAUGUAAGUUGCGCUCUAACCUGGCUGAAAGACACUGGGAGUAUAGCAAGGGUGCUGGGCGCUUUCUCUAUCCAAGCUCUGAUGGGGGGCUAGUAGUAGUGGCCCAAACAGACAGGGAGGAAUCCUAUGAAUGCUGGUCAGUAGAAAAGGGCUUUUGGCAGUUAAUGGCCAAUUACUGUGUGAAGGCAGAACUACAACAUGACGGCACCACCCUGAUUGGUAGCUCUCACACCCCCCUGGUGCCCAAGGAGGAGCCAAUGAUCCUUCCAGGUGAAGCUCGCUCAUCACUGAUGGAGACCAAAACCUACUGGAACGAGCUGAUUGUGGUAUGCACACUGCUAGGCUUCUCCCUCCUUGUCUUUUCUUUGUUUGUAAUCUACCGGAAUAGGGACCGCAUGAAAUCCAUGUUAAAGCAGAGCGAGUGUCCCAACAUGCAGCAGAAAAAGGCACGAAUGUCAGGAAAGCCCACUGAAAGUCUACCAUUGAAUGGCAACAACAUCCCGUCCUCAGUUUCAGACCACAAGGGCUACCAAACACUGCAUGACAAUUACGCUUGCAGUACACCAACACAAGAGUGUUCUUCACCUGAGAACAGCAAAAGUUUCUCAGAAUCAGAACAGCGCCCAUUGCACCUGAAGGACACCCAUGUAGAGAUAUCACCCACCUGCCCACGUCCUCGAGUACGGCUCGGCUCAGAGAUCAAAGAUUCCAUCAUUUGAGAUUCUACAUGCAAAUGACAACUUCAGUGACAAUGUAGUGAAGUGGAGGGAAUUGAUAGUGACACAGGACACACAGCAAAGACUUGAAACCCAUUUCUGUUGAAUGUUUAAUACAAUAUUUGUAUUUAUUUGCAGUUUGUUCCCUACACAUGUCUUAGUGAUGCACACAUUCUCUCAGUCAAUGAUAGCAUGCAUUUCAUGGGGCAAAAAUGAGAGAAGAAUGAGAGAAACCUAUGACUCUCAGAGCAGCAUUAAAGCUAGAUAAUCCCAGGAAUAUGAUGUGCUGAUGUAAUUCCAAUGGAACAUUUGCCAUCUAUUCUGUCCACAUCAUCUGUUGGCAUCCCUGUUAGUUAUGAUAUGCCCUCAGGGAUUACUAUCCUGACAACCUCCCAUGAACCUUACUUAUGCCAUUUAAUGAUUAAUUUCACCACUGCAGGGUAUCAAAAGUCUUGUAAACCAGCAUAGAUAGUGUACUUGGUACAAUGUGAACAAGCUUUGAUUAAAAAGCCUCAUGAUAUAUAUUUAAGGCUGGAGUACAUCAUCAUGACCUCAGUACAAGUCAUUUGUACAAUGCAAAGCACUGGGAAUUUACCAGGAAUUGUAUUUCCGUUUAGAAAAGCCAGCAUUGGCACAUGGCCACAUCUUCAGUACUGCCUCUCCAAGCAACACACAUACAAUCAAGCAUUAAAGUAAGAUUGAGGUAAUGUGGUACAGUGAGAUUAUAUUAGUGAAAGUGUGAACAGGACCUAAGAAGGCAUAUGGUACAGGCAGAGCAUUAUGAGAAAUGAAGGCAGAAAAAGAAAACUUCAAGGACCUAAGAGUUGGAGGACUUCAUAGCCCAUGCUUAUCCACUAUAAUCCCUAACACAGCAAUGCUAGGGAUGAAAUAGGAAACUUGGGAGGUAGGUCAUGUAGACACUGGUGGUGACCAGUGUCAAUAAUAUUAUACCCAUUUAAAGAAUCUAAUCUAUAGUCCAUUGUGCCAAAUUUUCUUAGUGUAAAUGAAUGAUUGUAUUGCAAUUUGGCACAAAAGGGUGUUGUAUUUAAAAGGACUGAAAUAACAUAAAAUGUGAAUUGAACAACCUUUAAGUUCAAAGGGAAAAAUCAUCAUUCUUGUGGGAAAAAUUUGUAGAGAUCAUUUUGGACUGCAUUUCUCUGUGAUGUUUACAUUUUGGAAGACAGAGAUGGUUGGAAAUUCAUCCUGUAUCUUCAGUUGCUCAACUGAUAGUAGCAUAUGAUAACAAUACACCAUCACAUGUAUAUUUAGAGUCAAAAUGUUUUCAUGGUUGAAAAUGCCUUUUAAGUGAUUCUUGAACAUUGGGGCCUGAUAAUCUUCCAAAGAUAGACAUGCUGUUGCACCACUUGGAAUAUAUAAUGUAUAAAACUCAAUGUCAUUUCUCUUGUAAGAGCAUGCAAACAUUUGUUUCAUGGAUUGUAGUGACAGAUUCACGGAAAGUAUUCCAAAACUUAAUUAUGUAAGAAAAAUGUCUCGUUUAUUUUUCCUAAAUGUUUAUGAAUAACUUUGAUAUGUUUUGCAAAAAAUAACCAUCCAAUAUGUGUGCUACUGUACUACUGAUUGAUUGUCAUUGUGGUAAUGGGUGUAUUUGUAUAAAAUAUUUCCACAGAAUGUUAAUGUAUAAUGGGGCUGUUAAUGUCCAGUUAAUGUAAAAAUGCGGCUGCCAUAAAUUUGUUGACAGUUCUGUAGCAAGAAUCUGCAGAUUGGUCAAGAAGUUAGUGUUUCCUGUGGAAUGAAACACAUCCUCGUAGAUUUUUUUAUGGCUGUGCACAAUCUUGUAAAAAGACAUCAGAGCUCACCUGCAUGCCUCCUAUGGUGUGUAUGCUCCACGAUCAAGAAAGGAAAAGUAAAAGAAUUCAGUGUAGCAAAUGCCUUAGGACUGUCAGUAAUAAUCACAAAAUAGCUUAUAUGAUGUGGUACAUUAAUCAUUUGGUCAUAUAUGAAUGCAUUAUUAUGAAUGUUUAUUUGCAAAACUGUCCACAAAUACACAAUAAUCUCUAACAUUACUCCAAAUUUAUGUAAUAUUUUAAGCUCAGCAUAAGGUCUCUACUUUCAUGACCAUUUCACUAUAUAGCUAUACUAAAGUAUAUUCAAUCUGAGCCAGUGGAUCAGCAGUGUUUUUUUUUUUUUUUUUUUUUUUUUUUGUUGUUGUUGUUUUUUGUAGUAAUGUAUUAACUUUUUAAUAGAUUUCACAUAGAGAUUCUAAUAAAUGUACAGUGGCCUGGGGAAACUUUUCAUAUUGUGUAAUUUUGACAUGUUCUAUUACAUGUGGUUCAGAGGAUUCACAUUUUCCACAUCUGAAAUGUUUCUUU